AUGCAUGACCUUGGAUAUUCAGGAGUCGCCAUCGCGGUUGCACUGCCAGUGGUGUGUGAUCCUGCCAAUCCUCCUGCUCUGGCCUACCCUGACUUUGCAGCGACCAUGGAGGCCCUGUCAGACACGAUAUGGGAUGUGGUGAUUGCCGGUACGGGCAUUCGACAAUCCCUCCUUGCGCUAGCUCUAUCUCGAUCCCACAAGAGAGUCCUUCACAUCGAUCAGAACAGGUACUACGGCGGCACAGAAGCAGCCUUCAGCUUAGAGGAGGCCUCCAAAUGGUCCGAUGAGUCGCAACACAUAUCUCGUGAGGCCUAUCACUUGUCAGCAAUAUUAGCGGCCCUUGUCUCCUCUCGCCUACAUACACAAAUCGAGUUUCAAGCUGUUGGAACCUGGUGGAUUGACAGGGACAGGCUGGUAGAGGUCUCAGAGAGCAACAAGCAAAACAACGGUGCGACCGAUAGCCAUGGUGGAAAGGGUCAUCCGGUCGUCCAACCAUCUGGCAUGCUGCAGAAGAUACCAAGUACUCGUGAAGAUGUGUUCGCCGACGACACUCUGGCACCACGAGACAAACGUGCGCUGAUGAAGUUCUUACGGACUCUCAUCAUGGACCCUAUUCUUGACGCAGAGUCAAAUCAAGAUCACCCUAUCCCAUCAGCGCUGACGACUCUAUCUGCGAUGCCGCCUUUGCUCGCCCAACCGCUUCUAGCCCUUUCGAUGUCUUAUGAUUCACCUAGUGCAGUAAGAACUAAGUCAGUUGUUUCACGCAUCAGGCGGCAUAUACAGUCCAUUGGGAUGUUUGGUCCUGGUUUUGGAGCUGUCAUGCCAAAGUACGGUGGAGGAGCUGAAAUUGCUCAAGUGGCUUGUCGCGCCAGCGCUGUGGGGGGUGCAGUAUACGUCCUUGGACGGGGUCUCGCAAAGGUAGAUGAGCCCCGCGUGCAAUCAGCAGAAGCAGAGGCAUUAGCAGCGGCAUCAGCAGAAGAGGUCGUUCGCUUGGAGCUGUCUGAUGGAGAAGAGAUCAAAGCUCGAUUCGUGGUCGGUGGGGCAGAAGACAUCCCCACCGGUGACAUUGAGGGCGGUGCUCGGCAGUUGAACAUCGAUCUGGUGAAAAUGGUUCAUUCGAUCAGCAUUGUCUCGUCGCCAUUGGAGCAUUUAUUUCCCCCAACCGCUGAAAGUGGACCAAUGCCUGCUGGUGCUGUUGUGGUUUAUGACGGUCAUGAUCACAAAACAACAUCUGGAUAUGACUCGGUCUCCAGAGCCGGGCCGGUCUACAUGGUAAUUCAUUCAUCAGAAAGUGGAGAAUGCCCCCGAGGACAAUGUGUCAUCUAUUCUUCCACAGUCUCCUCUUCCGAAGGGAGCGAAGACGCAAAUGUUCAAAGACUUGAUGAUGCGAUUGCAAAUCUCCUAGCUGCCUCCCCACUCUCAGACUCCAAGUCUGAAGUCCUCUGGUCGUUGAAAUAUCGCCUACAAGGUCGACCUAUAGACAGUGACGCAGGCCCGGUCGUGUCAAGCCAGUCCGGUAGAGUCAUGCUCUUCCCGGUCGCUUCCGUUGAUCCUGUUUUCGACGACUCCGUUCUCGACGGUGUCAAGGAUAUAUGGAAGCGGAUUCUAGGGAAUGAGGUUGAGGUAUCCGAAUUCUUGAAGUUUGAAGAGCGGACAGAGGACGACGAAGAAGGGUUGUGA